AUGCGCGCUUUUCUGUUGGUUUGCCUGCUCGCCGUUGCACGCGGUCAGUACGAUUAUACGCCAAUUUCGAAUGCAGGCGAUGGACAUGGUGGUCUCGUAGGUGGUUCCAGCUAUGAUGCACAGAGCGGCGCGGCUCAGCUCUCGGAGCCCAUACUGCUGUCCAAUGAGUUCAACAAGGAGUUCUAUACGUAUACAGCACCCGAGCAAGAGUUCGACAAUGGCCAUGUAAAUGAUCAGCUAGCGAACAGUCUGAAGCGUAAUCUGCGUGUGGUCUUCAUCAAGGGUCCUGAGCAUAAUGGACUGGAGCAAGCUGCACUGCAUUUGGCACACUCUGCCUCCGAUGAUCGCACUGCUAUCUAUGUGCUCAACAAGCAGGCCGAUGUGGGCGAGCUGACACAGAAGCUCAAUCAGCUCAAGCUGCAGGCCAACCACAAGCCCGAGGUGCACUUUGUCAAAUAUCGCACACAGAGCGAUGCUGAGAAUGCACAGCGUGCCAUUCAGGCUCAGUAUGAUUCAUUGCCUGGCCGCUCGGUUAAUCACAAUGCUGGCUCCUCGUCGCCCGUCAUUGACUUUGCCUCAAAGGUUGGCAAAGUUGAUGUUCUGGCACCAGCACAAAGCGCGUAUUUGCCGCCCAGCCGAAAGUAUAAGCUAUAA